GCGGACGGCAUCGUGCGUCUGUACCGGAAUUACGACCCCACAGUGAACCAAGGUCCACUCCAGAUGGUCAGCUCAUUCCGUGCACUGCAUGAGUUGAUUCGGGUGCGUAGGGGUAGUGGCCUUGUGCUAGAUUGGAAACAAUCGGGUGGCACGCUGCUGGUUGGGGGCGACUCUCGUAUCAUCCGUGUAUGGGAUGCCCACACAGAGACUCAAGUCCUGGAUCUAGAAACUAAUUGCGACAGUCCUGUGAUGUCUAUCACAUCUGAUCAGGGCUCGUCGUCCACAUUCAUUGUUGGCUUUGCCAAUGGCCUGGUCAAAGUUUUCGAUCAUCGACUAGAGGAAGAGGACACUAUUGUUAGAUCGUAUCAUGACCAUCACUCAUGGGUACAGAAUGUCAAGUACCACCCAUGCAUCAGCGGUCAGUUCUUGUCUGGAAGCCUCGCUGGCGAAGUCCGUCUGUGGGAUUUGAGAGGCUCUGAUACAGCGAUUCAGGCUUGGGACUUACACCAUACGGGCUUGUCCGUGUUCGAUGUACAUUCACAGACGGGCGUGUUUGCCACGUAAGUGCGAUUUUGUUUUAGGAAGAAUGGUUGGCUGACUAGGUUGCAGAACAUCUGCUCUUACUCCUACCAACUUUAGGCACCAGCGGCUUAUGGUACACUCUAUAUCAGAUUCAUUGUUACUCUCCACGCUUAGCCUACCAACGGGCCUCAACGCGUAUCCCUCUCGACCACCAACAUCUUAUAUCCCUAGGCAUACGUCUUUCGCGUUCCACCCAAUGGAGAUGUUGUAUGCUGUUGGGC